AUGGCUACUGGAGCUAUUGUAGGAACCAUCAUAGCCAUUCUGAUCAUUCUCUUCAUCAUCAUUGAUGUGUCCUUCUACUUCAACAAGAAAUGUGGUGUAUUGUGGACUCUCCAACAGAAACUGGCUGGUAAACCAGAAGGUGAUGGUGAUGGAGCAAGAAAUGUAGAAGAGGGAGACAAGGAAAACAAGCAGCCAUUGUUAACUGAAGCUAAAGCAGAAGAAGUAAAUGAAGAGGAAGUACCUGAGAAGAAAAAUGAAGGAUUAGAUAACGGGGAGAUGGAAGAAAUGAGUCCAGAUGAGAAAGAGGCUAAACAAUUAGCUGAAAUGGAGGAGAAAUCUUCACCUAUCAAACCUGAUAGUCCCAUUGUUCCACAGUCAGAAGCUACUAUAAUAGUUAACCCUGCCACUCCGGAAACAGAAUCUCACGAUGACAAACCUGUGGCAUGA